CAUCACAAAAACCAAGGGAAAUAAUAAUAAUAAUGGAAAAGAUACUAUGUUCGGGUUGUACGUAGGGCACUUAAACACAAUUUAACGGCCACGCUUUUUUAUAAAUUCAAAUCUUACCAUAGAGUACACUAUUCGAGGUAUUUUGUCAUUUUGAUGGAGGUUGAAUUCUGAUUUGGUGCUUCAGUUGGUAACAGUCACGACGAUUUCUUGGAUUUAACAGCUGAAUCCCAAUGAUUACAAAUUAAUUUUAGCUAUAUUGUGUCUAUAUUACUGAUUUAGUAAACACAGACUGUGUUCGAGUGGUUAACAAACAUUCGGUUUAGCCUCCAAAUCUGUUUCGGAAAUCACGUAUUUGUGUUCAGUUUUUCAGUGUUUAUUCCUAAUGUUCUGAUAUUUCGCUUCUUUUUGACUCCUACUAUGGAUAUUGACGUUAGUAAGGAGAAUAUACAACCUUUAAGAGGUGGUAGAAACCCUUUACAGCUGGGGACUGCAUUGCAAGCUCAGUCUGAUGUUGACGCUCAAAGACAGCUUCAAUUACAAAAAGAGGAACAUGAAGCAGCUAUUAGACAGUAUCAAGGCACGGAUCCCUUGGAUCCAUGGUUUAAUUAUAUCCAAUGGGUUGAACAAUCGUUUCCAAAGCAUGGCCAUGAAGGUCAUAUAGAUAAACUAAUAAAAGACUGCUUGCAACUAUUUGAAAAAGAUGAAAGGUACUAUCAAGACCGAAGACUUGUAAAACUAUGGAUAAAAUAUGUUGACUGUUUAUCAAAUCCUUUGGAGAUAUACCAAAGGUUGUACAACACUGGCAUAGGGGUGGAAUGCUCAGAGUUUUAUCGUGCAUGGGCUUGUUACUGUGAGGAGUCUGGUGAUUACAAGAAAGCAAACCAAGUGUAUAUGUUAGGGCUCCAGGCUAAGGCACAGCCCUUGGAUGAGCUUGAACAGGCACAUAUGAACUUCCAAUUAUUUUUUGCCCAAAGAAUGUUGCAUGAUGAUUCUCCAACUAAAAGGAAGGCUGCAUCUGCUCUAGCUGAGACUAGGAUGGCACUAACAUCACUGAAAUCAUUUAAGAGACGUAAUAUCGCCAAUGCGCCAGUUCAGAGAAUUGGAGAUAGUGUUCGAAGUGUGAUACCUGGUGUUGUGAGACAAACUGCUACAUCUGAAAGAAGGCAUCCUGGAUCAAAUGUUAUGGUUAAUGUGUAUGAGGAUGCUCCUUCCACAUCACAUGCAGCAGUGCCCAUGGCAGAAGAUCAAGGACCAGCUUCUAUAGUUCAGACAUACAGUAAUGUUGAAAAUGAGAAAGAAGUCGGAGUAUGGGUUAACCCUAAGACUAAAAUGGUACAUACCCAUGUAGUGCCCAAUCAUCCUCUCCCCUUUACUCCUUAUGAAGAUGAUGAUGAAGCGUUGAAACUAUCAGCAAAUCACUUGCCUCACUGUGUGGAUGACUUGACAUUUAAUGUGCCUCUCUGUGUACCUGACCCUGUGGACCCUACUAAAAUACCUUGUUAUAAUAAGACGCAGGUUUAUGUUAAUGAUAUAGAAUACAGUUUAGAAGAAAUUAGAUCUAGGAAGUAUAAUCUAGAAAGAAAAAUUAAGGCUGAAAAUGUAGAAAGUGUUGAUACACAACAAAGUUAUAAUGUAAAUGAGGCUCUCGCACAAUGUAGUGCUUUAGAAACUUUAGCAAACUGUGCCUUAGAUACUGAACAGGAACAUUUAGGACAACUAAUGCCAUUAUCAAUUCCGUCGCUGCAAAACAUCACCAAAGUGACUAACAUGCAUUCACCGGGCGAGCCAAAAGUCUUAGUCAAUUUGGAUUCAAAAGAAUUAAGCGAACAUGCUGCAAAAAGAAAUGACGAUAAUCAAAAAACAUCCCCCUCAUCCUCCGACAAAGAAAAUCAAGCGGAAAAAUUGAAUACUCCAAAUAAUAAUGUUGCUACAGCAAAUGCAGCAAGCUUUGGAAAAAAUAACUUAAUGGAAGAAUUUAAUAGAAGUUUAAUGGGCAAUUUGCUUGAUGAUGUCACUGUUAACACCAAAGAGGCAAGGUGGGAAUUAAGAAACAUUUUUAAUGACAAUGAGCCCUCGAUGGUACAGCCAGUGCAACAGUUUGAAGUGCCGAAAUUCGACAUACACGAAGAUAGGUCUAUGACUAUGGCAAUCAACAAGAAGAAUUUCGAAAUUCCCGAUACCAGAAGUUUGCCAGAAGAUAAAGAAAAUGCUAACAAGUUUCCCACACCAACUGCUGUUCAAGUCCCACAACAGGUUAAUAAAACUGCAUAUUACGAAGAACCGUCCUGCACUCAGGUAUUCAACUUUAACAUAAAAGACGCGAGCACACCGAAUAUGUCACAGUUUAAAAAGCCAACAAGUUGUAUAGACCAAUCGGGUAAAUAUCCAUCCGUACCAAAAUUUAGCUUGGACGAAAGUGUCAUUGAACAAUCAGAUCAGGCCAUUGGCAAAAAAGAAGAGUUCCCGAGACGAGUUGCCAUGGACCAGCACGCUACUGUUGAUAAUCAGGGUGCAGGACUCUCCGUCAUUAUGGAAGCCACGAGAGAGUAUAAUAGUAAAUCUGGCUCAAGUUCAUCAGGCCAAUCUAUUAGGACCAAUUUUACAGGGUACACAACAAACUAUGACUCUAUGUAUAACAACCCUAAUGACCCAAGUCAACAGAGCGCAGCUCACAAAAGAAAUUCAGUAUCGUCGCAACCACGACUCGCCAAUGGACAGUUUUCACGAAUUUAUGGACAAAAACGGGAGCCUCAAGAGAAUAAAACAGUAUCCUAUCACACCCACGAUCAUCAGUAUCAGAAACCAGGUGUUCCUAAUUUUAAUGGAUUCACACCACAAAGGUCAAUGCACCAGUAUCAACAGGGGUUUAGCUACAACCAAUCAUCGUAUGGAAACAACCAAAUGAUGCCUCAGCAACAGCAAAGUUAUCAGAAUACCAAUCCAAACGUUUACCAAAGCCCUCAACACACUGGAAUGCAGAGUCCGCAUGAAAUCAAUGCACCCGUGCAACCUGGCUUUCAUAGCCCUACAUACACCAAUCAGAUGGGCUACCACAGCCCCGGACAAGCAAUGAUGAGCCCUCAACAUGCAUACAAUAGACAAGAGUUCCACUAUAAUCAAACAGAAAGACAGCAUAUUUAUGCAAAUCAAUCACAACAACCGGCUGUCUUUCAAAGCCCUCCGCACCAAACACAGUAUCAAAAUCCCCAGUAUUACCAAAGGUCUAACCAACCAGCAAACCAAUACAAUCAACAAAAUUAUCAUGGGAUGCACAACCAGUACAAUAAUGCAAACAUGUACCCUAGUCCUAAUCACCCUAGCAAUCCGAAUUUUAACACAGUACAGAACACAUACAGACAAUCUCCAAAACAAAUGGAAACAACCUCACAGGCCUAUGCCAUAGCUAGUAAUCAAAUUACAAAUAACCAAUCGUUUCAAAUCUAUCAAAGCCCACAGAAUCCACAAAAUAAUUACAGAAGUCCUUCGACACAUAACCCUAUGACUCAUUCAGUUGAACAAAUGAGACAGGAAGCCACUAGCAUACCUCAACCUCAAGAAUCUAUGGAAGCUGAGAAGAAUUUCACCAACAUUAGUCCACAAUCGAAAAAUUCUAGAAAGAGUCCUUCAUCAGCUUUAAGAACUGUUAGACAUGAUCAACCCAAUGUUAAACAUCAGAACCCAUCCGAAAUAGGCUAUUCAAACCAGUACCUAAACUUUAUAUCUAAUCGCAACGAACCUAAGGAUAACGCCAAUACACCUAAAUUCACAAACAGUCCCAGUAUUUCACAAAAAAUGCAUAAGAACUUAUAUGUGUCAAGCCCUGAGCAGGCUCAAAUACCUCCAUCAUCGGGCAUGUCUGAUUCAGACAGUAAAGAUGGCAUGACUGCGCAGUCAGCCACACCGAUACAAUCCGCUAAAGUUACUCAUAACAUCGAAAAACAAAAAGACAUAUCAAAAAGGCAACUUGAUUUUGAAAAUAGAGUAGAUAUUCAAUCCGAGGACAGCAGAGACUCUGUUGGUAAAGAGAGCAGAAUCUCUUCAGUUUACUCGCGACAGUCUGACUUACAAUCUGAUGGCUAUGGUAUGGAUAUAGAUAGUGAAAAUUCAAUGGAAUGUGCUGCAUUCAAAUCAACACACUCCAUAUCUUUGGUGGAAACUAGUGACAUACCGAGGCCUGCUGAUAUAGAUUUCCCAUCACAAAUUGAUCCCUUCAACAAGAAGCUUAUUGCCUCUUUAUUAGAAUAUGUUAAGUUUCCUAAUAAAACUCAUGCAGAAGGGUACAUAGAGGUUAGAUCUAUACCAAAAUUACAAUUAGCUACUGUGAUGAGUGUUGGUAAUAAUAAGUUCUCUAUUGAUAAGCAGUUGGGUAAAGGUAAUUAUGGUGCAGUGUUUUUAUCUUUGGACUUGCAUAACAAUAAAAAUGUGGCUGUUAAGUAUCAAAAACCAAGUCGCCCAUGGGAAUUCUACAUUUGUCAAGAGAUAAAAGCUAGGAUAAAAGAUCCAUUCAUGCUUCCUGGGUACAUGGACAUAACAACUGCAUUUUUAGGUGAAAAUGCAAGUUUAUUCGUGUCAGAAUAUUCUAAAUAUGGAUCACUAUUGGAUGUUGCUAACAAAGUGAGAAUUGCUACCUCAAAAUGCAUAAAUGAGUUCAUUGUUAUUUUGCUGACAUCUGAGAUCUUAUCCAUAGUCCACUAUCUACACAAAGCACGAAUAAUUCACGCGGAUAUCAAGCCUGACAAUUUUUUGCUAAUGAAAAUCCCUACUCAAGAAUGGAGAACUCCAUCCUUGCAAUUGAUAGACUUUGGUUGUGCUAUAGAUAUGUCCUUGUUUCCUGAAGGCACAACAUUCAGAGAGUUAAUAGCAACAGAAGGAUUCACGUGUACUGAGAUGAGGGAAGGCAAACCCUGGACCUACCAGACCGACUUGUACUGCUUGGCCGGGACAAUUCAUGUUAUUUUAAUGGGAAGUUAUAUGAAAGUUGUCAGCCGCCUUGGACAAUGGAAUAUUGACAAAAAACUACCAAGGUAUAUGAAAGUCAGUCUAUGGGACAAGAUAUUUACCACUUUACUCAAUGUACCAGAUUGCAAUAACUUACCAGACCUAAUGGAUCUCAAGAAUGAUGUAGAUUGUGUACUGAAUGAAAUAGACAACCUUGGUUCACAGCUUCGCAACUUUGCUAACGUCCUAAAGUCUAGAUAAAACAUUUCAUAUGCAGAAAUUGUAUUUAUUGCAUUUAGAAUCUAUGAUGAUUGUAAAAAUUAGACCCAUCAUGUAUUGUUAGUUAUUAACAAACAAAUUAUAUUUAAGGUGGAUGUAUUGUCAAUCCCUUUUAAGCUGGAAACAUAUAUUUCUUGUAAUAAUAAAAAGCGAUAAUGAAAUUACAAAAUCUAAAAUACAGUUAAAAGCAAUAUUUCUUUUGUUUUAGAUUGUGAUAUAUCUUAACAUUAUUUAGUUUCUAUUAGUUUCCGAAAAUAAAAAUAUUCUAACACAUUCAGUGCCACCGAUUCUCCUGAGUGCACUUUACAAAAAAAUGGAGUGGCAUUGAAUGUGUUUAGUAAACUAAUAAUUUCAUUUAUUUUUAUACACCUCAUAAUACAUGCAAAU